AUGUCACAGGAGUUGGCAGAAUCAGUGAGGCCAAAGACGCCGCCAGUCUCAUCAGAGGGAGCCAAGAGCAAAGGGGCGUCUUCGGGAUUGGUAGGCGACGAGAAGGUGACCAGCGAAGUGGUUCUCCGCAUAUCCGCUACAGAUCGUGGAGACCUGACCAAGCGGGUGCAGGAAGUCAAGCCAGGUACGGCAUACUUCAUGAAGAAAAAGCCGUCGCAAGAGACUCGCUACACCUCUCAAAUUCGCUCGGUGAUGCGGCCGUCGGCAAGUGUUGCCCCGUCUACAGACUCGAUUUCGGAGAUUCAAGCCCCGAGCUCAGUUCCAGAUCCAGCUCCUGUUGUUCGCGAGCCAGCUCAGUUGACGGAAGAGAAUUUGAGAAUCCUGGAAGAGGAAGUACAGGCAAAAACGGAGGAAGUUCGACGAUUGCUUCCAAUCGGACAAGGUGUUCUUUUGGGCAAGGCUUUGGAAAAGUCCAAGGAGAAGGCACCUGUGAGGGCAAAGUCCAGGCCGAUUGGUCCACAUCCACCUCCGGGACCUCCAUCAGGAUGGAGGCCACCUCCAAAGGAAAGUUUGGGACCGAAUCAGACGCCUUUGACUCCAAUGUCCACCGAAGCGAAAGGGAUACCGACAUCGGCAGUACCAGUCAACAAGCCAAAGGCCAAGAGCCGUCCUCUGACAGAGGAACAAAAGGCAAUCGCCGAGGAGAACCUUGCGCAGAAGGCUUCCGACAUGAUCCGAGAGGUCGACAAGGCCAAGCUCGCAGAAGCAAAGCGAGCGACAGCGGAAUUCAAGAGUGCAAGAGCGGCAGAGAAGAGGGCCAUCGAUACUCUCAACUCGGAAGAAGAGGCUGCAGAGAAAUACAGGCGCAUACAAGAGGCUCGGAUCAAAAAGAAACAAGAGUCCACCGCAUCAGCCUCAGGUGUGAAGAAGAGUGUGAAACCGGGCUAUCUGGAACAUUUGACAGAAGAUCAGUUUCGUACCGAACUUUCCUCAGAGAGAGAAGCUCAGGAGGAAGAAGAACGGAGGAAAGCGAGGGAGCAGGCUCGUACCGAGUUGGAGAAGGAGCGUCACGAGAAGCUGCGAAAGCAGCAAGAAGAAUCAGAAAAGAAGAAGCAGGAACUUCUUCGAUGGAAGACCGAAGAGCAGGACAGGGAGAACUUGGCGAGAGCGAAAAGAGUGUCCUUGCAGCCGGCGUCAGCAUCGGUGUCUCCGAUCACCGCUCCAGGGGAUGUUCCGAUCCCUGGCGCACCGCCGGAGGCAUUCCAAGAACCGAUCAGCGAAGAAGAGGCAAGCUAUCGCAAAGAGUUGAGCGAGCGUCUUGCCAAACUGUCGGACGAGGUGCCCGAGUCCGAGAAGAAGCGUCCCAAGAAGUAG